CAGCUUUAUCAGUGCGGUGACCACAUCACCGCAAGUGACGGCACCACAGAUUGGCAGUCACCAUGAUCGUCUCGCUGGCUCUACUGGCCCUGGUUGCCGGAUGCGACGCCCUCGCCACGCAGCAAGUGCUGCUGGAUGAGCCAUCGGUGGAGGGUCGCAAGCCCAACUUUCUCUUCAUCCUGACGGAUGAUCAGGACCUGCGCAUGAACUCGCCGGCGUAUAUGCCGCUCACGCAGGCGAAAAUCAAAGAAAAGGGAACCGAGUUUCAGAAUCAUUUUGUGACUACGUCUUUGUGCUGUCCGUCGCGCGUGAGUCUCUGGACGGGCCGACAAGCGCAUAAUACCAAUGUUACGGAUGUGAAGCCGCCUUAUGGGGGGUAUCCUAAGUUUGUCGCGCAAGGGUUUAACGAUAACUUUCUCCCGGUGUGGCUGCAGUCCGCGGGUUACAACACUUUCUACACGGGGAAGCUGUUCAACGCGCAUAGUUUGUGGACGUACAAUGCGCCGUUUGUGAAUGGGUUUAAUGGCUCCGAUUUUCUUCUCGAUCCGUAUACGUAUUCUUAUUGGAACUCGACUUAUCAGCGAAACCAUGAGCCGCCGCGCAGCUACGAGGGACAAUACACUACGGAUGUGAUGCAGCAAAAGGCGUUGGGGUUGUUGGAGGAUGCACUAGACAGUGACUCGCCCUUCUUUUUGACGGUCGCGCCGAUCGCGCCGCACACGAAUAUCGAUGUGGAGGGAGUGGGCGAGGGCGCCCCGAAGAUGACCGAGCCGCUGCCAGCGCCGAGGCACGCGCAUUUGUUUGCUGAUGCGAAGGUGCCGCGGACUCCAAAUUUCAAUCCUCUCAAGGACUCGGGCGCCGGAUGGGUCGCGACGGUGGAACUGCAGAAUCAAACGGUCAUUGACUACGAAGACCAUCUCUAUCGACAGCGUCUGCGCGCCUUGCAGGCCGUGGAUGAAAUGGUAGAUGCGUUGAUCACGCGGCUGGGAAGUAGCGGUCAGAUCGACAACACCUAUAUUAUUUACAGUGCCGAUAACGGCUAUCACAUUGGCCACCAUCGGUUACCGCCGGGCAAGACGACCGGUUAUGAAGAGGAUAUCCGCGUGCCGUUUUACAUUCGCGGUCCCGGCGUGCCAGAGGGAGAGAUCGUUGACCGUGUCACCACUCAUAUUGAUAUUGCGCCGACGCUGUUCGAGUUGGCUGGGGUUCCCUUGCGAGAGGACUUUGACGGGACGCCGAUGCCGGUGUCGACCAAAAAGUCCGAGUCCAUCCUGCAUGAGCAUGUUACCGUUGAAUUUUGGGGACAUGCGGUGCUGGAGGGGGAUUAUGGGUCUAUUGGACACGGAGGAGCGUUCUUCAUGCCGAACAAUACGUACAAGUCGGCGAGAAUCCUGUCGGAAGAGUAUAACUUGUACUACUCGGUGUGGUGUGACGGUGACCACGAGUUGUAUGAUUUGUCGACGGAUCCGUACCAGAUGAACAACAUCUACUAUAAGUUAAACUCCAUGCAAUUGCUGGGCCGACCUCUUUCCCGCGUGAUUGAUCGGGUUGAUGCACUCCUCCUGGUGCUGAAAUCAUGCCAAGGCCACACUUGCAUCCAGCCGUGGCGAGUGCUGCAUCCGGACGGGUCGGUAGACAGCCUAAGGGAUGCACUGCAUCUGCAGUACGAUGCUUUCUACACCAACCAGCCCAAGGUAUCAUAUUCAGCAUGCGAGAACGGAUACCUCAUUGCGGCCGAAGGACCGCAGGUGGGAUUACAAUAUCGCGAUGGAUUGAGCUGGGAGGCGUGGACUUGAUAAUACGAGUUAUGAUUGUCAUGAAUAUCUGUACAUAAACAGUGUAGAUGGAUACCAGAUACG